GCUGUCAGUCCUGCGGUAGCCUCCUUGCAGCUGUAUUGAGAAGAUGGAGCUUGUUAAAUCGACGCAGGGCUUUCGACCCAACACCCGUCCCGAUAUUAUUCUCCCUACCUUGACAGCUACCCCCACCAGAGACAAGAAAGGUGACAACCCACAGACACACUGUCUUUUACCUCUACCGCCUAAACCGUCGACCACCAGCUGCAUGGGGCGAGACAGGUUUCGACUCCGAUCCCCGAGGACACCCGCGCUGAGGCCUGCGAUGCCCAUGCACUCUGCGAUAACACCCCAGCAGUGGGCUUGGGCUAAUGCAGCGAAUUAUAAGCGGUCAGACAAUAACCAUCGCUCUGCCGACAUACUUCGGAAGGACACAUCAAGGCUGAUUUGUUCUAAGGAUGACUUUACAAAUAAAACGCAGAACGAGAGCAACAAAUGGAUCUCUGAACGGAUUGAUGACCUAUCAUUUUGGAGCAGUGAAGGCAAGCAUGAGUCUGAAAAGCUAUUGAAAGACACUGACAUGCUGAAAAAAGUCAAAAUACGACUAGACCACGCUAUUUCAGAGACGGAAGGGCCAUUGCAGGUCGCCCGCGAAUGUCUCGGUCAGAGGCAGAAAAGGAUGGGUGCAGACCGGGUCCGUGAUGAGGUGGAGAUAGAGCUUAUGCAGGAGGUCACUGUGAUAAAGGCGUGCCAGGAACAGUUGCAGACAAUGAGGGAUAGAGUGAAUAAGCAACUGGAAUCAAAUCGCAUUGUCCAACUCAUAUUGGAGAAGGACCUGAACGACAAGCACGUGGCCUUUGAGAUUGACACCAGAUGUCACAAAAUGACCAACUGUAACAGCACCCUUCAAUCCUAUAACAACCUCAGCAACCUGGACAUGUGUUUCUCAGUGCCUCAGUCGUGGGCCAAGUUCUCAGAGGACAACAUUGUGCGCUCCCAGACGGAGCGGGUGAACACCAAGAAGGUGAUGGAGGAGGCCGAGCGGGAGAUGGCCAACACCACCACCAACAUGUGGAACCAGUUCUACAUUGUCAACCGGGCCUUCAACAACCGCAUCGCCGAGACCACAGAGGCCAGGAACUGCCUGCAGUACCACAUGGCCAAGACCUUGCAGGAGAUAUUCCAGACAGAGCACACUAUUGCGGACCUGGAGCGCACCAUCAACAACAAGAAGAUCCCACUUCAAGUGGCCAAGAACCGGCUGGAGGAGAGGACCAAGAGGCCCAACAUGGAGCUGUGCAAAGACCCUCCACACAACAUGCUCCUGAGGGAGGUGCAGCACAUCCAGGGCACCAUGAGCACGCUGAGCCAGCGUCUGGCGGAGGCGGAGGACAUGCAGCAGCAGCUGGCCGCCACCAAGUCCCUGCUGGAGCAGGAGCUCUUCGUCAAGGCCCACUCGCUCUUCAUCGACCAGGAGCGCUGCAUGGGCCUGCGCCGGACCUUCCCCAGCCACCCUCGCCUGGUGGGCUACGCAUAGGCAGCAACAGCCAACACAGCCCCGCCCCAGCCAACCUUCCCACCCACAACUCCGUCCCACAAGCUCUCCCACACCCUGCAACUCCUCCACAAGCUGUCCUAGCUAUAAUUGAGAAGAACCCCCAUCCAUCCAUCCAUCCAUCCAUCCAUCCAUCCAUCCAUCCAUCCAUCCAUCCAUCCAUCCAUCCAUCCAUCCAUCCAUCCAUCCAUCCCCUAUGGUGCUCCCCCAUCUACACUUUCAGUAAAGGACCCUGCAUGCA